AGGCACGGUCCCUGCGCAGGCUUGGCCGGGGCCGCGUGCAUCCGCCCUCUGCUGGCUCCGCGGGUUCUUCGGUCUUCUCGACUUCUCUCCUGGCCACCGUGCGGGAGGGAGGCCGAGAUGGCAGAUGAAAUCGCCAAGGCUCAGGUCGCCCAACCUGGCGGCGACACCAUCUUCGGGAAGAUCAUCCGCAAGGAAAUCCCCGCCAAAAUCAUUUUCGAGGAUGACCAGUGUCUUGCUUUCCAUGACAUUUCCCCUCAAGCACCAACACAUUUUCUGGUGAUACCCAAGAAACAUAUAGCCCAGAUUUCUGCUGCAGAAGAUGAUGAUGAAAAUCUUCUUGGACAUUUAAUGAUUGUUGGCAAGAAAUGUGCUGCUGAUCUGGGCCUGAAGAGGGGUUAUCGAAUGGUGGUGAAUGAAGGUGCAGAUGGUGGACAGUCUGUCUAUCACGUUCAUCUCCAUGUUCUUGGAGGUCGGCAGAUGAAUUGGCCUCCUGGCUAAGCAUGUAUUGGGGACAGUUUUCCCUUCUCUAGGCAAUGAUUAUGUUUGCAUUUUUCAAUAUGUUAAGCGCAUGAUUAUUUUUGCCUGGGUCUGGAGGUAUUAAGGAAAUACUUUUAAACACCUAUACAUAAUAAAGACAUUGUUGCAUGGUU